UGACGGUGCGCAGUAGCGGAAGAAGAAGAAGAAGCAGUCUGGAGGAGGCAGAGCGUGAGAAGAAGAUCCAAAAUGGAGGAACGAGCAAACCUUAGGUCCUGCUGGUACUAAAACUGCGCGGCGUGGAACCAGUACCGGACCGCUGAGAGGACCAAACCGAUAUGCAGUCAUGAAGCGGGUCCGCGCGGAGCAGAUCCAGUACGCCGUGGCUCAGUACCUGAAGAGGAGGCAGUAUGCAGACUCCGCCGAGGGCUCCAUGAAGACCGCCAAACUCAUGCAGACGACCGAGGAGAUGGCCGCCAGCCUCACAGUUCAGACCGAGUCCGGCUGCGCCAACGUGGUCUCUGCGGCGCCGUGUCAGUCGGACCCGCAGCAGUACGAGUCGCAGUACUCCAGGCUGCGCUGCUUCCUGUCAGAAGCGGACGCAUCGUGGGCAAAGGAAGUGAGCAGCGUCCUCUACCCGCUCUUUGUCUACCUCCACCUGGACAUGGUGCACUUUGGCCUGAAGGGGGCGGUAGACGGCUUCUACAGCCGCUUCCACGGCGCCUUCCUCCAGGACAGCGAGCAGCGGGCCACCGUGGAGCAGCUGCGCCACGUCCUCACCGCUCCGGACGUGGCGGCCAACCCCCGGCUGAAGGCCUUCCUGGAGCACAAGUUCGUGGUGCACCUGUCGGAGCCCGCCCACAGCUACCUGCUGCGCUACCUGCAGAGCGAGGACAACGGCGCCAUCUGCAGGGUGCUCAGCACGCACCUGCAGCUGGAGGUCAGCGUCGCCAGGCGCACCGACUACCAGCUGUACGGCGGCGGCGGCGGGGCGUCCACCGCUGCCGCCGGCACCUCCACCGCUCCCAACCCGACCACCACGUGGGCGGGAUUGGGCGGCGCUGAGGGCGGGGAGGGGGUGGCGCUCCCCACGGGCGUCCCGCAGAACGAGGCGGCGCUGGAGGCGCUGCUUGACUGCAUCAAGAAGGUGAACGAGGGCCCCCCCUCACUGACCACCAUCUGCUUGUACACCUUCCACCACACGGAGCAGCAGCUCAACACCGCCGAGGUGUCCGCCGACAGCCGGCUGCUGGCCGCCGGCUUCGACAACUCCGCCGUCAAGUUGUGGAGCCUCCGCGCCCGCAAACUGAAGGCCCAGCCGCACGUGACCGACGUGUCCCGCGUCCGCCUGGCCUGCGACGUCCUGGAGGAGGAAGUGGACGAGGAGUACGCCCUGGGCAGCGAGAUCCAGACCCUGCGCGGCCACAGCGGCCCCGUGUAUCGCACCGCCUUCCUGACGGACAGCUCCGGGCUGCUGUCCUGCUCCGAGGACACGGGCGUGCGCUACUGGGACUUGGGCAGCUUCACCAACACGGCGCUCUACCAGGGCCACGCCUACCCGGUGUGGGACGUGGACGUCAGCCCCUGCAGCCUGUACUUCGCCAGCGGCUCCAUGGACCGCACUGCCCGCCUCUGGACCUUCUCGCGCACCCACCCGCUGCGGCUGUACGCCGGGCACCUGGCGGACGUGGACGUGGUCAAGUUCCACCCCAACUCCAACUACCUGGCCACCGGCUCCACCGACAAGACGGUGCGCCUGUGGAGCACCCAGCAGGGGGCGUCGGUGCGCCUCUUCACCGGCCACCGGGGCCCCGUGCUGGCGCUGGCCUUCUCGCCCAACGGCAAGUACCUGGCCUCCGGCGGCGAGGACCAGAGGGUCAAGCUGUGGGACCUGGCCUCGGGGACCCUGUCCAAGGACCUGCGGGGACACACGGACAGCGUCACCGGCCUGUCCUUCAGCCCCGACAGCAGCCUGGUGGCGUCCUCGUCCACCGACAACUCCGUCCGGGUGUGGGACGUGCGCGGCUCACAUGGCGCCGCGCCGGCCGACGGCUCGUCCGGCGAGCUGGUGGGUACGUACACGGGGAACACGAGCAAAGUGCUCAACGUGCAGUUCAUGGCCUGCAACCUCCUGCUGGUGACAGGAAGCGCGCGAGACAAGGCCCAGGCUUAGUCCUAAUGAGGACCAGACCAUUUGGGACUCGCCGCUUCCGGUCCGUGGAGGCCGGACGUGCCGGUGGGCGGGGCUUGCGGAGUGUAAGCUUGCAUAUUUCCACACGCUCCGCACCAAGUGUACAUAAAUGUCACAGCGUAUUUUUCUAAUAUUCGUCAAAACCGGAGAAAUGUUUUGUUGGUGCGCUUCCCGGGUUUGUUUGUUCUCUCAUCAAUAAAUCACUUUGAUUUGCCAAAA